AUGCCUUACUGGGUUAAUGGCCUCGUUCCUCUUUCCUACACCUUACAAGACGAGAGGCUAAAAGCGCAGGUACACUCUGUCGUUGAUACGAUCUUGGAUCGCAUCCAGCCUGAUGGCUGGAUUGGACCGGAAACACUUGCCGGAGGCGGCCGCAUGAUCUGGGCUAGGACAUUGCUAUUCCUCGGGUUGACUAACCUCGUUGACGCAAAUUCAACUUAUGAAGUACCAGUGAUCAAUGCACUGCAUCGGUUCAACGCUCUCAUGAACUCCAUGUUGAAACAAAACGGCACCGGAAUGGUCUACCAUGAGGGCGACAAACCGACCGCGGAUGAUUUUCUCUGGUUUCGUGCACGGGCUGAAGACAUGAUGGUCAGUUUGCAGUGGCUGAUCGACUAUCACCCAGGAAAUCAAAGCGCACUUCUCAAGGAAAACAUCGAAAUGCUCCAUAAGUUUGCCUACAAGUGGGAGGCUUGGUAUACUGAAGGCAGCUAUAUCAAGGAAGACCUCUAUGAUCUACCACAGUCUGUUACAGAUGAUCAGUGGGCCUUUCUACACGGAGUCACCAUUGCAGAAGACUGGACUUUCCAGUAUCACGGUUCAGCAUCGGGUACAAUUCUGGCCGACGAGCGAAUUGAUGGCCUGAAUGCCUACUACGGCUCGGAACUAUGCACGGACGUGGAGACCAUCUAUUCCCUCGCGUACAACUACUUCGCGAUUGGUGAUCCGGACUACGCCGAUCGAGCUGAGCUCACUGCUUUCAAUUCUCUGCCGGCUGCCAUGUCAGGGGACUGGUGGAGCCACCAAUACAUGACGGAGCCGAAUCAACCCUUCUCGAAGAAUCUACCUGCUACGCCGUUCUUCGAUGACAACACUCAGAGUCAGACGUUUGGUCUGGAGCCCAACUACCCUUGUUGUACAGUCAAUCAUCCACAGGGCUACCCCAAAUUUACCAUGUACAGUUUCCUUCGAAAUGGCAAGACAGGCAUCGUUCAUGCAUUGCUCAGCCCUGGCAAGGUCAACACCGAAGUCCAAGGCAAGCCGAUUUCUGUCGACUGCCAGACAGAUUACCCCUUCAACAGCAGCUUGUCUUAUGUUGUAGGAUGCCAGGACCCGUUCGAGUUCUACCUGCGUGUACCCAAAUGGGCUACCAGUGCUACUGUGCAAAUUGGGGAUUCCGACAUCCAUGCACCGCCUGUGGAUCGAAAAUCAGGUCUGAUCAAAAUCAAAGUACCGUCUGGGACUACAAAUAUUCGAUAUGAUUUAGGAAUGGAACUUCAAACAGUCCCUCGCGCGAAUGACACUGUUUCAGUCUACAGAGGGCCGCUGCUAUAUGCGUUCCAUAUUCACCACACCGUCACAUCUGGACCGCCCAAGUUCUACAACAACCAGACGGAUUAUCCUGCUGGAACGUAUCCUCCUCAGGCUCAGGAUCAUACCCUACUGAAUUCUACUCAGUGGAAUAUCGCGAUUGAUCCAACAACCUUGGCAUUCCACGAAGGCUCUGGACCGCUGCCCUCGCCAACGUUUGAAGAUGGAAAGCUACCUGCGUACGUUACAGCUAAGGCUUGCCUUAUUGAUUGGCCCAUGUUCCGGGGCGCCGUACCCGGGACUCCCAUUCCGAAGAAUGAGCGAAAGUGCCUUGGUGAUGCGUUUGAGGCAAUACUGCGGCCCUAUGGAAGCGCCAAGCUACACAUGUCUGAUCUGCCCACGAUCGAUCUGUCGGAAUAG